AUGUCGUCAUCUAACAAUGUGGGUGUUGAAAUACCAACUGGGUUGGUACUUUUUCCAAUUACUAAACUUAUGAUGAUAUGGUGCGUUGGUAUAGCAUUGAUUGCAUCCCUAUUCAACAUGAAAUAUCUAUUUCUAUUACAGUACAAACCAUUUAUAACUGAUUUCAAACAACUCUGGAGAUUUGUUACCUUUCAGAUUGGUAGUUUGAAUGAAAGCGAUGUUGCUAUUAUGACUUUGAUAUGGUACCAAUAUAGGUCAUUGGAGAGGCUUUUUGGAUCCAGGAAGUACUUUAAUAUGAUAAUUCUAUCUUGGAUCUACACGAGCAUUGCAAUUUUCCUCCUUUCGAACGUAUUAAAUACACUAUUACCUGGCGUAUGGUGGAACGAAUAUACGAAUGGCCCACUUCCGAUUCUUUUAUGCCUAGCACACUUCUACAAACAAUAUACUCCAAGGUUGUAUGAAUUCAAGAUUAUACUCAACCAGCCUUUCUUAACAAAUUCUAACGUUAUUAAGUGGAAAUUGACAGAUCAGUUUUACGUCAACGCACUCUUGUUUCUUGCCAUGAUAAAUCAAGGAUUUACUGGCUUAGUAACUGGGUUUGUGAGUUGGAUUUGUGGAAUACUAAUUGACAAUGGUCUCUUACCAGGAAUGGACUCUUUUCAGGUGGCACCCUUCAAAGAUAGUUGGUGUAGAAGUCCAAGCACAUUGAAUAGAGCAACUGCGACUUUAAAUAAUAAUAUGACGUGGGACGAUGCCACCGAAGAGGAGGCAGAAGAACCACAAGAUGAACCUCAAAGAAAUAUGCGGGUACGGUUUUUAGAUACGUUCCGUAGAUAA